CUGAGUUAAGGCAUCUAUCAGUAUCAUUGGAAUUAGGAUUCUUAAUUUAAAUUGUGGUUCAAAAUGGGUUACGGCUAUUUAAGUCUAAUUAUUGGCCUUUGGAUUACAAUCAUCUGUUGUGUACAGCUGUCCGUUUAAUAUAACCUUACAUUUAACAUAAAAAUAAUUAAUGUAUAAAAUAAAUCCUAUUGCUGUAAGUCACCUGCAGCUCAUCCAAAGGUCCAGCAGGCGGCAGCCCCUCACAGCUCACUUCCAGUCUGAUAUUGAACUUCGCGUUAUCUCCACCCUGUGCCUUUGAGAGGCUGUAGGCCGGGUCACACAGCGCCCCCUGCUGGCUGACAGGCGGGUCAAACAGCACCCCCUCCUGGCCACCGGACGCGUUUCUACAACAGACUCGUAAAAUAAGAGUUUCUUUCAUCAUGACUGCGUUACCUUCCCAGCGCGAUCAGGAACUACAAAGAAGAACAAUAUGUAACAUGAUCUGGAGAACCGAAAGACGUCUAUGAACCCGUAGGGACCCAGGGGAGGAGAAGAGAAUCACGGAGGUUUUCUAGAACGGUGCCAAGUUUGAAGUUUUAGAGCAACAGAGUUAGCUUGUAGCUCGCUGCGCUAGCUGGGUACAUGGUUUCUUCUAUUAUCCCAGCAAGUUACUGGUCUCGGUGGUAUUAUGUAGCUUCAUAGGACGGCUCUCUGGUUAGAUAAGACCCGAUGCUGCCAUUUUGUUGCUCGUCUUUCACGGCUUGGAAAUCACAACAAAUGUUAACAGCUAACAUGCUAACGUUAGCCUCAGAUAGUCGACCCGGGCUGAUGUUCUUCUUCUAACGAGAACCUACUGGUCCCCCAGCGCGCUGCCCACUUCUCCCACUACGCCUCCCAGUACCCUCCCAGUACACCUCCCAGUAGUUGGUGGGGAUUCGUGACCUUGUCGUGUGAUGGCGCGUUGAGAGUCCUGGAGUCAGACAUCACCGGAGGAACCACAGGAGAGUGAGACAUCACAGCAGGAGAGUGUGGCAUCGCCACAGGAGGUCAGGUGGUCGUGACAUCCUGCUACUAAAGCGUCCAGAGACUCCGUCACGAUGGGCUUUUGUUGUCUCCUGUAAUCCACGACCACUGUCGACCUGGUUAUUCAGACUAACCUAGUCUGCUGAACGCCAUAGAUAAACAGAAGUAUUGAUAAGCUAUUGAUCCCGGCUGAUCGACACACAGUGGGCAUGCCGGGGGACACUUCAGACAGCAGCGAUGACUCGGACCCGCAGCCGGAGACGGCCGGCCGGACGGUCAAGCACCACAUCACCAACGCGAACCUCACGGGCCACACGGAGAAGGUCGGGAUGGAAAACUUUGAGCUGCUCAAGGUGUUGGGCACCGGAG